GUGGUGGGGAGAAUUCCCAACAAAGUUGCAGCUCGGGGUUCUGAAUUGGUUUGAGUCCUUACGUGCUUACAGAUGAAAUUUAUUGGCCGAAGUCCUAUGUCUGUGCAGAGAUGAUGACUUUUCCUUCAGUGCAUACUGUAGUCUUCCGUCUUUUCUUUUAAAGAAAAAGAGAGAGGUGGGGAGAAAGGAGAGGAAGGAAGGUAUUGUGAUUUCAUACUUCUGUGUUUUUGAGGCUUGGGGUACAGAGGAAAAGAUGAGGUAACUAAAGCAGACAGAACGUUCUUCUAAUGCUUAUGAAUUCUGAGCAUGUGUAUUCUUGAAGCUGUUUCUGUGCUGUUAAUGAUGUUCAAUUGUCCACUGUAAGGACCAGUGUUGCCUCUGUUUGUCUUAGCUAAAACAUCUUUCUGUGGAAAAACAGCUGUAAUUAUCGGUUCACUGCUUGAGUCUCAACAUUCAUUUGUUACUCUUUUGUAAUUCUGUAUCUUAAGCCAUAACUGUUGUUACCAUUUUUAAUUAAAUCUGGAUUGGUGUAGGAAUUUAAAACAAGAAAAACAAAGUAAAUCCCCAAAUGCUUUUUCUCAUACUAAUGACCCUGCAGAAUAAAAUGUGAAUCUUUUUGCUGAAGAAAUAUAGUUCUGAAUACUUCUAGUAGCCUUUCAAAAUAAAGUAUGGUUUUGGAAAAUAAAACUGCUUGGAUUUGCGUAACUUUCUGAUAAAACCUAUUCUGCUGAAGUUCAAUGUGGGAAUGCUUCAAUUAAACUGUAUAUAUACGACCUGUGAUUUAAAUUAGAACUAAGUGCUUAAUAGUUUGUCUUCUUGACCAAGCAAAUUCAAGCUAUGAUGGAGUGUUGCUUUGUGCCCGGCUUUUGAUCGUGCUCUGAUAUCCUGUUCCCAAGAGGAGAGGCUUGAAGUAGGCCACCCCUCAGCAUAGGCUCAAGCUCUACUUCUGCUUCAUUGAUGCUGUUGCAUAUAUGCUCUGUGUGACUUAGUCUUUAAUACAGAUUAAUUCCCUACGGUUUCCUCUUACUUCCUCUUGGCUGUUUGUAUCUGUCUACCCACGGCUAGUUGAAAGUUGGGAGCUACCCCAGUAGAAAUGGUCAUUCAUGUGUCCUGUCUGCUUGCUUACACAUCAGUUAUCCUUAUUCAGAGCUAAUUGAUGCUAACAAAAUGUUCUCCCAGUUCUUUUGGUUUUAGCUUUAGCAGCGUAGCUGAAUUCUUUUGUCUGUUUGGGAGUGCACAUCCCAUGACUCGUUUAUGUGGUCUUUGUUUUCUUUUCAGUGCUAUCUGGUAAGAUAGUUGAAGAGAUCUCUGGACCUCAUCUCAGUUUCCCCAGGAUGCUGCAUUGACACCUAAGCAGCUAAACUGCUUUGAACAGAAGUGCAAGUGCAAAAGUGUAACUGUACUGGAGAAGAGCAAAGAUGAGGAUAGUUCCUGUUCUGGGGUACAGGUAGCUAUAUGAGCAAGUAACUUUUCUGUUCAGCGCUUGCUCCAGUGUUUACUGGCAGCUCCUUCAGGUUAAUUGCUCCAUUGCAGCACAGAGAGGGAUUGUGCUUAUCAGUAUAGCGGCAGUAAUGAGCUUAGCUGACAACUUGACUUUGAGAACAGAAUGUUUUUUAAAAAUUGCUCUAAUUUCACUGUUGGACUGUGAAUAAAGGGCACUUGCCAAAGUAGCUUGGUUUUCCUUAAUUUGGAAGAUGAUAAUCAGAUGGGUGGGAGCUGGACUUGUCUCAGUUUUGGACAAAACUGGGCUGAAUGUGUCAAUAAAUGAGUAUUAAAAAGCCAUGUGAAGGUAAAACCACGUGGUGAAACAGAUGGCAUGGUUUGCUAUUUGUAACAAGCUGGAGCUCCAGAUAAACUGUCUUGAAACACCACUGCAAUUUUCUUGUUACCUCACAGGACAUGUGGAAGUAAACGGUGUCGCUAUGAGAGCUUGUAGAAACUGCUGUCUGAACAGAAUCCUUCAUCCAGAGGGACAGGAGCACUGUGGUGGCUACAAGAAGUCAGAUUCUACUAGCUGUGGAUAAAUGUGAAAGAUUACAGGACUUGGGGUAGCAGCUGACCGUGGAACUUCUUCCUGAAGGACAGCAAUAGAAGCAGAGAUGUCUCUUGGACGAAAAUUUCUCAAACUAGAAGAAGUGAAAAUCCAAACUGGAAUGAAUUCUGAGCCUCCUCGGGAGGACAAAAGCAGAAGAUCACAGAAACGUGCAUCAGAACAGAUGGUAGAUACUUACAAGUGCCUGGGAAAGCAAGUAAACAUCAAGGGCAGUGUGACUGCAAUGACUGUAUUUUUUCCUUUGGAUACAGCUAGGCUUAGACUUCAGGUUGAUGAGAAGCGGAAGUCUAAGACAACACCAGCGGUCUUAUUGGAGAUCAUCAAAGAAGAAGGCCUGCUUGCACCAUAUCGAGGGUGGUUCCCUGUGAUCUCCAGCCUUUGCUGCUCCAAUUUUGUUUACUUUUAUACCUUUAAUAGUCUCAAAACUCUCUGGGUCAAAGGUCAGCAUUCAUCCACUGGCAAAGACUUGGUUCUUGGGGUUGUUGCAGGGGUUGUGAACGUACUCCUGACCACUCCUCUUUGGGUAGUGAACACACGGCUGAAGCUGCAAGGAGCAAAAUUUAGAAAUGAAGACAUUGUGCCGACCAAUUAUAAAGGCAUCAUAGAUGCCUUCCAUCAGAUCAUACGGGAUGAAGGAGCCUUAGCUUUAUGGAACGGUACUUUCCCCUCCUUGCUGCUGGUCUUCAAUCCUGCCAUACAGUUCAUGUUUUAUGAAGGCUUUAAAAGAAAGCUUUUAAAAAAGCAAACACAACUCACAUCUUUGGAUGCUUUUGUCAUGGGUGCAGUAGCCAAAGCUGUUGCCACCACCCUCACUUAUCCUUUGCAGACGGUGCAGUCCAUCCUGCGGUUUGGACGCCACAGAUUGAACCCAGAAAACCGAACACUGGGCAGUCUUAAAAAUGUUCUCUACCUUCUUCGAGAGAGAGUGAGGCGUUUUGGAUUAAUGGGACUCUACAAAGGCCUUGAAGCAAAGCUCCUGCAGACAGUCCUUACUGCUGCUCUUAUGUUUCUAGUAUAUGAGAAACUGACUGCAGCAACCUUCAGAGUCAUGGGAUUAAAGCAUUCGCGCGCACAUUGAGAAAGGAACCUAUGCCAAAGGUUAUGGGCUCUAGAAAAAUGUAUUCUGUUUUUGAGACUGCACUUGGGUAGUAACGGGUCCACAUUUGCUCUUCUUUAGCCAUCUCCAUUCCUUGGAGAAGUUCGAAAUGCACUCUGUAGGAAGUGUUGCCACAACUUUGGGAAUAGCUCAUUCCCUGCUCUUCUGUGGACUCACUGUGUUAAGAAAUGAAGCAGAGACCUUAUUCAGACACUUGAAAUGAAAUUCUUACUGCUUUGUGAAUUGGCAGACAGUCGCGGUGAGAAUGAUUCCCUCACUGUGCUGAACUUUCUGGUUUUCCUUUGAAUUACCCUUAACUACUCUCCCUGUCUUUACCUUCUGUCAACGGCCGGUUUCAUGUUAUUCUCCUCACACUGUGUUUAUGUCACUCAAUAAUGUGGAUCAUUAAAACAAUUCAGAAAGAUCAA